UUCAAAUGGCCGCGCCCACAGCACGCGUGAAAAUAAGAGAAAAACUAGUGGAACCCAUCUACGACAUUUCCACCCGGAAUCUUUUCUCAAGCACACACGUUACGAUGGCAACAUGUCCGAAUCUUAAAGACCCUGACGAUGCAGUAAACGACCCUGGUGCUGCUCCUUACGGAAACUUUAUAAACUAUUACAGCUUUAACCCUCCGGAAAACCGCUUGAGUCUGAUCCCAGCAACGCUCCUGCAGGAUUUAGGCUACAGGGACGGAGGGGACGAGCCCACGCUCAUCCUGGACGUGGGGUGUAACUCAGGGGACCUGAGUGUGGCCGUCUACAAGCAUCUUGUCCAGGAACCAGGGGAGAGCACAGUUCACCUUCUGGGGUUUGACUUGGAUGAAACUCUUGUUGAGCGCGCAGAGCAGACCAACCCUCUCCACAACAACAUCUCCUUCAUCCAGCUGGACAUCACUGAGGAAACCAACCAGCUGCAAGACUUCCUCAGCCAGCACAGCUGCUCCCACUUCCACCUGUGUCUGUGCCUGGCCGUCACCAUGUGGGUCCACCUGAACCACGGAGACUCGGGCCUGCUGCAGCUGCUGUCGCGCCUCGCCGCCAUCAGCAGCCACCUCCUGCUGGAGGCUCAGCCCUGGAAGUGUUACCGAUCUGCAGCCCGCCGCCUCAGGAAGCUGGGCCGCUCGGACUUCGAUCACUUUAAGACCCUGAAGAUCCGCGGCGACGUUGCAGAACACGCCACGGAGCAUUUGGAGAGACACUGCGGCAUGGAGCUCAUACGGAGCUUCGGCAGCACCGCAUGGGACCGGAAGCUGCUGCUUUUUAGACGGAGAUGAGUUUUAUGGAUUUAUGGCUUUUAAAACCCCAGUUCUUUGGGACGUAAACAAACAAAACCAAGGUUAACAGUUUCCGCCGUAAACGCAACAUAUUCUAUGUAAUUUAACAGAAAAAACAAUCUUUUUGGUAAACGAUGAAGAAAAGUGGCAUUAGUGUACCAUGUCGUUUUAUGAUGGGAGGAAGCAAUGCAGAAUUACUCACUACAAUCAAGUGACUGACUGACUCCAAAUAAAUUCCUGCUCUUCAAGUUUUUUGUCACAUCUUCCAAAACUAUACGCUGAUUUCAUUAUCAAGAAGUAUCUGCCAGAGGAUAUGUAUAAAUAAUUUCAAUGGUAUUAGUUAAAAAUAGAACAUAGUGAAGACGGUAAUAAAAAAACAGAAAAUAUUUAUUUCAAAAAUACUUUGUUCAUCCCAACGGUAAAUUAAAUGUAACUAAUUUCGUUAAGGAGUUAUUGUUUGUACUGAUGAUGGUGAUGCUGUGGGCAGGAAGGAUCUCCUUUAGCAGCCAGUCUUCUAAUAAAUAUGAAGAAACCUCUGAC